AUGAUUGGUGAGAUUAUGGGUAACUAUGUCCCUAGUACCUGGUACAACAGUUAUAACCCGAUGAGCUGUGUCACCGAGCCAUCGUAUCGGGACGAGGGCAUUCGGAAAAACUGGGAAGAGCGGAAUCCCUUGAACACAAGGUGCUUUAUGCAUGCUAACGUUUCUAACUACGUGAAAGAGUAUGGUUUCUUCGGGCUGGAGGAUAAAACAUCAAUCUGGAUGAACCAGACUCUCCCAGCUCCGACUUUAAAUAUUUCGGCUUUCUACAUCCCAGAGCCCUACGAUGAAGUUCUGUAUGGGCGGAAUUGGACUGAUCCACGAACAAAUUCAAUGCCUUUUUUGGACAAAAAGCGACUGGCUUAUAGUUACAGCCCCGGGAACCAGACGUAUAGUCUAAAUCAUAUCGAAACUUACGGCAGCUGCCAGCCGGUAAGUGAGAUAGCAGCAGGCAACGACUCGGUUCGGGAAACUUAUCAAUGGGGCUUUUCUUACAUACAACUGUUUGUCAUGACCAUCCUAUUGGUGCUGUGGACCAUUGGCGUGUCCGCCAUGUGGUUAAAAGCACACAUGACCAUGAGAAUGCGGGGCGGCUGUGAUAAACCCAUGGGUUUCAAGGGCGUAUUGGAGCUGGCGGCAGCUAUUCAGAAACAACUGCAAGAAACCAACCCAAAUGACCUCUCACACGACCAACUUUCGGAAGAAAUCAAGAAGCGUCUCCGCGGCGGAAGCAUCCAGCUGGAGAGAGAAGAAGCAACAGCAAUGUAUGGUUUGUGGAAAGGGCUGUGGGGAUGGGUCAUUGAAAGGAAAUGGUGGUUCACAACACUUCUGGUUUUCGCCGGAUUUGCAACAUUGAUUUACAUCAGCCGUUCGAUAAGCUGGUUCUUUAUACCUACGGCUGCUGUGUUGAUUGCAGUAGUCGUCGGACAGUCAGGGAAAAGCCGAGCAAUGCUAACACUUGCUUGCGUUAUUUUGGGAACGAUUGUAUUUGUGGCUGUAGAAUCUGCAUUGUACCAACGAGAAAGAUAUUAG